AUGUCGGCCAUUAAACGCUCCCUUAACGUUGGUGUAGUGGGCAUGGGUAACAUGGGAGUUCCCAUUGCACGCAAUCUUGGCUUCAAAGCACGCAGUGCCAUGUAUUUACAGAUCCAUAGCAGGGCACUCAGUAAAGCGAAGCGAGUGUGCGACGAUCUUUCGGUUGAUGGGGCAACUUGUGCUAUGCGCAUCCACGACCGCUAUUCCACGAUGACAAAAUGGUGUGACGUGAUUGUGCUUGCCCUAGCUGAUGUUAAGGCAUCGCGACACGCACUACUAGAAGAUAAUGAGUCACUUAUCAUGAACGCGCGCAAAGGUCAAAUCAUUGUGGAUCACACCACUGUGGAUGCCGAAACCUCGCGUGAAUGCGCGCACGAAGCGGCUCGCCGGGGUGCUUACUUUCUCGAUGCACCAAUGAGUGGGAGCCCACGUGCUUGCUUCAAUGGACAACUGCUGCUGAUGGUUGGUGGUGACGCAGAGACCUUUCAGAAGAUGCUGCCGAUAUUUCACAUGUACGCUGAUAACGUGUUUCAUAUGGGCGAGAGUGGUAGCGGGACCGCGGCGAAGAUGAUAUCGCAAGCCCUCGUGGCCUCGCACAACGCAGCAGCAGCCGAGGCUCUUUCAAUGGCCCAUGCCCUCGGCAUCGAAGACCAAAGCAAACUUGUGCAGGUUCUUGAUGCCUCAUGGGGAAGCAGCACAAUGCUGCGCCGAAACGCCCCACUAUUGCAGGACCUCAUACGUAACCCAGAUAAAACCCCCCCUACGUCUGCCGUUAGUGUUGAUCGGCUGUUGUCUGACCUCGCCCAUUUGGAUGCCUCGCUGCCUAAGCGCGGUGGGGAGGAUGAACCGUUUCCGGUUUUCGAUGCCGCGCUCCGCUCGCUGGCCGCUGCAUCCGAUGCAGGUAUGGGUGACCGGGACCUUGCUUCAGUUGUGCAUUACAUCGAGGCGGGAGAGGCGGAAUUGCGAAACCGAACGCGUGUACCGUUGGGUGGUGAGCAUUUGACAGGUCGAACUGCGGCGACUGAGGCCAACUCAAGCGUCAAUGAAACCCCUUCGACCGUCAAUGGUUCUUCUGAAGUCCCCAAUGAAUUUGGGGUGGAGGACUUUUACUAG